AUGGCAUCUAGCCACUCUCCUGACUUGACACUACCUAAGGCCUCUGAUGAUAAGCCAAUGGACCCUAGCGGCCGGAAGGCUACAAAAAAGACCCACUUUUUGGGCAAGAACACCUCCAAAACUGUAUUGACGGACAGGUUGCGUCCUGUUACCAUCGAGGACGUGGUGCCCCCACGUAAAAGAGCCACCCGCCGGGCAAAAGCGGUGCGGACAUGGAAGAGGGCUAAAGCCCUGACUGAUUCUGGUUCGCAUUCUUAGGAGGUUUCGGACGAGUCCAAUGUGAUCAGCUCUAUUGACUCAAAGAACUCAUCUCCUGACUGCAGUUUAUCUGCAAAGCCAGUAAUGAAUGACAAGGAGGUUGUGGACGACUCCGCAAUCAUCGACCUGCAGGGGAAACCCCUGUUUGACCACGAUGCACUUUUAAAACCCAAGGUCGGCUGA